AUGCUUAUGGCUGGUGGAUUUUCCAUUGUGUUUUGGAUUGCGAGUGCUUUGUGUUUCCUUGCCUAUGGUCUACAAGUUGCACAGGAUCCCACUGUUUCUAAAGACAAUCUCUGGUUGGCUAUAAUCCUUAUUGGUGUAGUCGUGCUGACCGCCCUCUUUGCAUAUUACCAGGAAGCCAAAAGUACAAACAUUAUGGCCGGCUUUAAGGACAUGGUUCCUCAGCAAGCCGUGGUUCUUCGGGAUGGAAAACGUGUAGAAAUGGUAGCGGAGAAGCUUGUUGUAGGUGACAUUGUUUAUUUGAAAGGAGGAGACAAAAUCCCAGCUGAUUUGCGCCUACUGGAGUGCCAUGGCUGCAAGGUUGACAACUCGUCUCUGACUGGUGAGUCAGAAGCACAACCUCGAGGUGUGGAGUGCACACAUGAGAAUCCGCUAGAGACCAAGAACCUUGGGUUUUACUCUACCACCUGCUUGGAAGGUGCAGCAAGUGGAAUUGUCAUAAACACAGGUGACCGUACAGUGAUUGGACGUAUUGCUUCCCUGGCCUCACGAGUCGGAAAUCAGAAGACACCCAUAGCUCUGGAGAUUGAGCACUUUGUCCAGAUAAUUAGUGGCCUUGCAGUGUUUGUUGGAGGAGUUUUCUUUAUCAUUUCAUUGGCUAUGGGUUACAGUGCUCUCAAUGCUGUUAUAUUUUGCAUCGGCAUCGUGGUAGCCUAUGUACCAGAAGGUCUACUGUGCACUGUCACUGUCUGCCUGUCACUUACUGCAGUACGUAUGGCAAAGAAGAAUUGUUUGGUUAAGAACCUUGAGGCUGUGGAGACACUUGGAUCUACUUCGGUCAUCUGCUCCGACAAGACUGGUACCCUGACACAGAACCGUAUGACAGUGGCUCAUAUGUGGUUUGAUAAAAUCAUUCACAACGCGGAUACCACUGAGGAUUGCACUGGAGAAAUGUUUGAUCAGAGUUCACCCUCCUGGUCUGCAUUAGGUAGAAUUGCCACCCUGUGCAACAGGGCAGAAUUCAUUGGAGGUCAAGAGGAAGUUCCCAUCAGCAAAAAAACAGUCAAUGGAGAUGCCUCUGAAGCAGCAUUGUUGAAAUUUACUGAGCAGAUCUACGGGAAUGUGAUAGAAAUUAGGCAAAGAAAUAAAAAAGUGUUUGAAAUUCCAUUCAACUCAAGCAAUAAGUACCAAGUCUCUAUCCACAUCCCAGAAGAUCCUGCUGAGAAAGGCUACUUGCUGGUGAUGAAAGGUGCACCAGAGCGAAUCUUGGACAGAUGCAGCACCAUCAUGAUUGGAGGACAGGAAUGGCCACUGGAUGAUGAAUUGAAAGACCACUUUCAGCAAGCAUAUAUGAAUCUGGGAAGUUUAGGAGAACGAGUUCUAGGAUUCUGUCAGUUACUACUUCCCUGUUCAGCUUAUGGACCUGGAUACCCAUUUGAUGCAGAUAGUGGAAAUUUUCCAUUAAAUGAUCUUUGCUUUGUUGGCCUCAUUUCUAUGAUUGACCCUCCUCGUUCCACUGUUCCUGAUGCUGUCAUGAAGUGCCGCAGUUCUGGAAUUAAGGUUAUUAUGGUGACUGGUGACCAUCCAAUUACUGCAAAAGCCAUUGCGAAAAGUGUAGGCAUUAUAUCACCUAACAGCGAGACUGUAGAGGACAUUGCGCAAAGGCUUGGAGUUCCAAUUGAAAGUGUAAAUCCAAGAGAUGCUUGUGCAGCUGUGGUAAACGGUGGAGAACUACUUGAAAUGUCUUCUGAUGAGAUGGACGAUAUCUUAAAACAUCACCAAGAAAUUGUAUUUGCACGGACAUCACCACAGCAGAAGCUUCUUAUUGUUGAGGGGUGUCAGAGACUAGGCUCUAUUGUGGCUGUUACUGGAGAUGGAGUGAAUGACUCCCCUGCAUUGAAGAAAGCAGAUAUUGGUAUUGCCAUGGGAAUUGCUGGAUCGGAUGCUGCCAAACACACUGCAGACAUGAUUUUGCUGGAUGACAACUUUGCUUCAAUUGUGACUGGUGUAGAAGAAGGGCGCUUGAUAUUCGACAACUUGAAGAAGUCAAUUUCCUAUACAGUGACCAAGAACAUUCCUGAGAUGAUCCCCUUCAUGAUCUAUGUGAUUAUCAGUUGCCCGCUGCCUCUUGGAACCAUCACCAUUCUCUUCAUUGAACUGGGCACUGACAUUAUCCCAUCCAUUGCUCUGGCUUAUGAAAAGGCAGAAAAUGACAUUAUGUUACGAAAACCACGAAACCCCCGCAAAGAUCGCCUGGUGAACAUGGAGUUGCUUUGUUAUUCCUAUUUCCACAUAGGUAAGACCGAGCAAAAAAAUUUAUUGGAAGAGAAACUGUCCCCUUAA